ACAGUCAGAUCUGAGCGGCCAGUCAGCUGGGUUCAUCAACAUCAGCUCUACUUGAUCCACGGCUUUCCACGCGUGUAGCUUCGCGGUGACCAGGGCGCGCUUGGUCUAGGAACAUUUAUACAUUUAUAUCUGCGGUUUUUUUUUUUUUUUUUGUCUCUUUUAAAGUGAAAGACUUAAAAGCAAAACAAUGACGCGGCGUAAAAGACUGGACCUGCAGAAUUGUUGCGCCUAAAGCCAAGCAGGACUAAAGCAGCUGUCUCCCCCACGGCUUCCACGGGGAGAAAGCUCGGCGAAAAGAACCAGAUAGGAGUGAAGGGACGACAUGGAUUGUCCGAUCGAGAACCCUACCAGGGCUGCGGAAUAUCUGAAGGAGCUUAACAAGAUCAUCGAGACCCAACAGGAGCUGCUGGAAAGGCAGAGAGGACGGAUAGAGGAGCUGGAGCAGCAAGUGUCCGACUUGUGCGCGGAGAACGGCUGCCUGAAGGAGCAGUACCAGCGGCACCUGGCAACCUGCAGGCUGCUGCAGGGCACCGGCAGCCUGGGAGCCAUCAGGGAGCAUGUCACACAGGACAAGUCGGAGUGUGACCCCACCAGAACUGUCAGGAGGCAUGCAUCACUGCCGGUUGAAGCCACACAAAAUCCCGGGAGAUUAGGAUCCGAAGGUUGCAGAAGGGUCAUCCCCUGUCGCAAGUGGAAGUCUGCCUCCUUUGGUGUGGAAGGAGAUGGACGGCCAAGUGAGAGCGGCCCUUCCUUGGACGGCAGAGCCGGCUACGGCCAGGGUCCUGUAACCCACGGCUCAGCCAUCAGCCCCGACCGAUUUGACGGCCCAAUUUACGGCCACGGGGUUCAACCCGGGCCGCAGAGGCCCCGUCGGCCUAAACUUCAGCACUCACAAUCCAUCCUUCGCAAACAAGCUGAGGAGGAAGCCAUCAAGCGGUCUCGUUCACUUUCUGAGAGCUAUGAGCUCUCAGCUGACCUCCAGGAUAAACAGGUGGAAAUGCUGGAGCGUAAAUAUGGCGGACGGUUCAUAACCCGGCAUGCAGCUCGCACCAUUCAGACAGCCUUCAGACAGUACCAGAUGAACAAGAACUUUGAACGUCUCAGGAGCUCCAUGUCAGAGAACCGUAUGUCCAGACGCAUUGUUCUCUCUAACAUGAGGAUGCAGCUUUCAUUCGAAGGCCCUGAGAAAGUGCACAGCUCAUACUUUGAAGGGAGGCAGGUGUCCAUGACGGAGGAUGGCACCCCUCUGUCAAUGGUGCAGUCUGAACGUGGAGACGUGGAAGUCCACCAGCAGCCAAACAUGACGUCCCACCCACCUCCGCAGGCUGACCUGACGGAUGCCAUCACAGAGCUGGAGGAUGCCUUCUCCAGGCAGGUUAAGUCUCUAGCAGAGUCCAUAGAUGAUGCGCUGAACUGUCGCAGCCUUCAGGGGGAUGAGGGCCCGGACCCUGAGGCUAUGGGCUGCACAAACAUACAGGGGGAAGUACCCUAUCCGAUGAAAUCCCAUCGCAGGCCCGCUGGAAGGAUACGUGAUGAAACUGUUGCAUCGUAUAGUGACGUUACAUUGUUCAUCGAUGAGGAUGACAUGUCCCAUUCUGCUGCUCUAAGGUCAGGAGAACAGCCCUCUAGUACAGAAUCAGACUUGCGGCUGCAGGCAGUAAACUCUUCCCAAGAGUACUGGCCUCUUGACUCUAAAGAUGAGGGUCGUGACACCGACACAAGCUGUCGUAGCACUCCUUCUCUGGAGUGCCAAGAACAGCGUCUUAGAAUGGACCAUCUUCCUCUUUUGACCAUAGAACCUCCUAGUGACAGUUCAGCAGAGCUCAGUGACCGCUCUGACCGCAGCUCUGUCAAAAGACCGCCUGUAUACGAGCCUCACGGCCAUAUUGUGACAUCGUCCCAGGCGAGCCCCAAACACAUUUCUCACGGACCUCCGCCACGCGCCCCAUCCCGUGACGACGAUGCUCCUCUGCGCCAUCGCCACCGGCAGCUAGAAAGCCAUCUUGCCAUCAAUGGCUCGGCAAACAGGCAGAGCAAAUCGGAAUCUGACUUCUCAGAUGGGGACAAUGACAGCAUCAACAGCACAUCAAACUCAAAUGACACUAUAAACUGCAGCUCUGAGUCCUCGUCGAGGGACAGCCUGCGAGAGCAGACGCUAAGUAAGCAGACCUACCAUAAGGAGACCCGAAACAGCUGGGACUCGCCGAUAUUCAGCAAUGACGUUAUCCGCAAGAGACACUACCGCAUCGGCCUCAAUCUUUUCAACAAGAAACCUGAGAAGGGCAUUCAGUACUUGACUGAGCGGGGAUUCAUCCCUGACACGCCAGUCGGUGUUGCCCACUUCCUGCUUCAAAGGAAGGGGCUCAGUAGGCAGAUGAUUGGUGAAUUUCUGGGAAAUCGACAGAAACAGUUCAACAGAGACGUCUUGGACUGUGUGGUAGAUGAAAUGGACUUUCAGGGUAUGGAGCUGGACGAGGCCCUCAGGAAGUUUCAGAACCACAUCCGUGUUCAAGGGGAAGCUCAGAAGGUUGAGCGGCUCAUUGAAGCAUUCAGCCAGCGGUACUGCAUCUGUAACCCCACGGUGGUGCGUCAGUUCAGGAACCCUGACACAAUCUUCAUUCUGGCCUUCGCCAUCAUCCUCCUCAACACUGACAUGUACAGCCCGAACGUCAAGCCAGAGAGGAAAAUGAAACUGGAAGACUUCAUCAAGAAUUUAAGAGGGGUGGAUGAUGGAGAGGACAUACCCAGAGAGACUCUGGUUGGCAUCUAUGAGAGGAUUCGUAAACGAGAGCUAAAGACCAAUGAGGAUCACGUGUCACAAGUGCAGAAGGUGGAAAAGCUCAUAGUGGGAAAGAAACCGAUCGGAUCGCUCCACCAUGGUCUUGGAUGUGUGCUGUCGCUGCCUCAUCGCCGUUUGGUGUGUUACUGCCGCCUGUUUGAAGUGCCAGAUCCAAACAAGCCUCAGAAGCUGGGCCUGCAUCAGCGGGAGAUCUUCCUGUUCAAUGACCUCCUUGUGGUAACAAAGAUUUUCCAAAAGAAGAAGAACUCAGUUACGUACAGCUUCCGACAGUCCUUCUCUCUGUACGGGAUGCAAGUCAUGUUGUUUGAAAAUCAGUAUUACCCAAAUGGAAUUAGACUAACAUCAGCAAUACCAGGUGCAGACAUCAAAGUGCUCAUCAACUUUAAUGCACCCAACCCCCAGGACCGAAAGAAGUUCACAGACGAUCUGCGAGAGUCAAUUGCAGAGGUCCAGGAAAUGGAGAAAUACAGAAUAGAGUCCGAGCUAGAGAAGCAGAAGGGGGUGGUGAGGCCCAGCAUGUCGCAAAGCUCCGGCCUUAAGAAGGAAGCCGGCAACGGGGGCAUGAACCGUGCCAGUCUGGAUGACAGUUACGCCAUGGGCGAGGGCCUGAAGAGGAGCGCCCUCAGCAGCUCCCUGCGGGACCUCUCUGAAGCAGGCAAGCGGGGGCGUCGCAGCAGUGCAGGAUCACUAGACAGCAAUAUGGAAGGGUCCAUUAUUAGCAGUCCGCACACACGUCGGAGACCCACCACGGCACGGGAGGGGUCUUCCCGCGGCCAUCCCUCCAUCCCUAACUCGGCAUCCACUUCUAUCCUCGGGUCGCUCUUUGGUAGCAAGCGGGGAAAGCCAUCAUCUCAGAGCCAGACCCCUAUGCCGCCGCCAGGACACCCCACCCUCAUAUCGCACAAGCCCCACCCCACCAACCUGCACCACACAGCGCAGGUAGUGCACACGGUGCAGGCCCAGCUACACGGCCCGCAUCCCCAGUACUGCCAGCUCCCUCAAAAUCCCCCGCCUUACCACCACCACCACCACUACCACCCGCCUCCCCACACACAGUACCACCAGCAUCCGGCCUACUCCUCACAACCGCACCACCACUCACAGCACGGCCACUACAGCCAGCACCCCCACCAUCCACCGCACACUCACCACCACGGCCAGCAGGCGGGCCCAGCACACGGCGGGCACAAACCCAAACACAGUGGUAUCAGCACCGUAGUGUGAUGCUCCUCACCUGGAGACAGGAAGUCGAAAAGAGGGAACUUUAUGAAUGAAGGACAAUCGCUUACACCAAAGGGACUGACAGCAUAACUCUAUGGCCUGUCCACUGUGUUUCAGCUGCUGUGCUGGGAACCAGUCACACCCAGACACCGCUUUCACCUCCAGGUCCAACUUAUAUGCAGGAUAGAAAUCGGACACAAAUCUUCCAAUAGGGGCCUUCACUAGUUUGCCUGAUCUGGGGCUUCUGUGUGUGGAGGGCUUGGAUAGUCUGCACAGGAAGGCUCUUUAUUUUCCACAAGCUCUAGUCCGCUGCUUAAUCCCCUCAUUUAUUCCUCCAACCAUUACAUAAUCAGGAGGAGGGAAACCUUAAGAUGAGAACAUGUCUGACUGUUUUUCACAGUUUCAACUGUUGAUUCUUUGGGUUUUCAGAUCCUUCCAUCAUGUGACAGCUAUGUGUCGUCACCUCCUCUAGAGCUCAUGUAUAAUACAGAAAAAACGUAGAUAUAAGCAUUUCACACUAAGUCUCUGGACAGCUGAACAACUCAUUCAUAGUAGUUCUAGUGCUGUACUUACUGUAUGCGACAACUAUACGUUUUGUGUCUUAGCUCUCAUUAAAUAAAUGUGCCAAUUAUUAACGCAUAAUCUAUUUAGUCGAGACUUCAUGUACAGUAUAUUGUGUGUAAAGUAAUUUGUAAGAUUAUACUUACAAUUAUUAUAAGCGAAAAUGGCGUCUAUCAGUAUUACGCUGACUUUGGUGACGGGAUGAAGAUCUGAAGAAAGGAGCAAACUCCCAUUCAGCCUGGUCUGGUUAGGUCCAGGCCUCUGAUCUGUAUUGAAGCUUUUUGUUUGGCUAUUCGGUGAAUAGAAAAACACUAAAUGAACAGCUAAAGAUGGCAGCCGCUGUAUAUUUGACCUUAAAUUAUUUUGUUUGAGGUGGAGCUGAAUUACUAAAAGAGACGUUUUGUCAAAAAAGAAAAAAAAAAUACUGAAAAAGGAGCACUAAAAAUGAGGAAAUUGGUGCUAAGCUGUUAGCAGAUAAAGUUUUUGUUCAUGUUACAAAUGGUCCCAGACAAAGUCAAUAUGCAGCUGCUGCUUUCUUUGCUUCUAAAAUCAGACAAAAAAAUUAUCCUUAAUUUUUGUUUUUUUUUUGUUUUUUUGCCUUGUUUGGAUUAUUUGUCUCAUUCCCCAACUCAAUUUUGGUAGAUUUGUUUUUUUGUUUUUUUUUCUAUUUAAUGUGCAAUAUCUUUGUACAGAUUUUGUACAUCAAGAGCAAGCAAGGCCUCUCCUCGCAUUUGUGUGUUUGUCAUUUUGCGUCAAUAUUUAUUUAUUUUCACUUUUGACCCCCUGUCUGAGUAAUUUUCUCUGUAAAUUAAUGUCCACCUGUCCUCAUGGUCUUAUGAGAGGUACAGACUUGGAGCUCAGUGGAAUGUCCUGUAAGAUUUUUUUUUUGUUUGUUUGUUUUGCAUGUAAUGUUUUCGAUGUGAGGCUAACCUCUGCACAUUGUAUAACAAAUCAGUGUUACCACGGCAAGUUUAAGUGCAAUCAUGCAGGCUUGUACUUGAGAGUGAAAGUCUGUCGUCUUGUUGUCCAGAAUGAGAUUCAGGUGAAAACACUUUUUUUUUUUUUUGUUCUUUUAAAAAGAUGUUUAAAUACCUAGACACUUCAGAGUGGAAAGUAGAAUGUGUGUAUAUAUUUUAAUAAAAAGGAAACAGAAAUAUUUCACUGGACAAGCACAUAUAAAAGGACGGUUUUGUUGUUUUAUUCAGGAAAUGCAGUUAUAACCUACACAAAUGCAAGCUAAACAAAAGAACUGGUAAAUGUAAAGAUUAUCUUUCUAUAUUCUACAAAUAAGAGUCUAUUCUAGUGUGUAAAUUAGUGACAGUAAGCUGUUUGUCCCAAUAUUCAGGUUAUAAAAUGUAUUUUACUAUUCAUGAAGAAAUCCACAGAAGUCAGGCUCACACAUAAUCUUUUUUUUUUUUUUCUUCCUAUAGACGACAGACAUAUCAUGACCCGGGACAUUAAUGAUCAGCUGAAUGUGUCUUUUUCCAAUGAUUUCAUAUCUUUGCUAUAAUUCAGAAAUUUUUGAAUUUGGUGUGAAACUGAUACAACUGUUUAUUUUUUGGUGUGUUGAUGUGCUUUAAAUGUUGUUUUUGUUUCUUUCUCAAAAGUACCCCAACAAUGCACUGCAUGGAUCCGAUGCAUCAUGCGUCCUAUUCACUGUGAGCUGAUGGGGAAGAAAUCAGCCUAUUAAAUGUUGGACUUCUUUGCUUUUUUUUUUUUUUCUUUUGGGUUCUGAAUAAGUUGGAACUUUACAAUGUUGGCGUGUCCUUGUCGUUCCAUGUUUAAUGCCUGGUAGUUAUUGAAGCUCAGCAUGCAUUUCAUCUACAAAGCCAUUGUGUAAAUUACAAACAUGGAAGAAGAAAGAAAAACAAACAAAAAGAAAAUGUUGCACUGCGUCGCUGAGGGCUUUCAUCAUGUAAAUACAGGAUUCUGUCGUGCAAACUGAUGAACUGCUCGGUGAGAGAGUUAAACUUUGUGAAGACUGUAAAAGGGACCAAAACUGGGGUUAAAAGGAGAUGUACAUAAUGUCUAUAUUUCCAGCGCUCUACUCUGACAUCUGCAGUUGAGAUCAGGAUUUACACACAUUGCCUCCUGGGUGGAUGGGAGGUGCCGAUUGAACGGAUCGAUCCUCUCUUCCUCCAGCUGUUUCAAACUUAGAUUUGCUGUGGAAAUCAACACCAGACUGUUAUCAAAAGCGUGCUGCCCUAAAUUACAUGCAGCUCUCCUUCCAUACAUGCAAACACACAAACACACCUGUAGAGAAUACAUACAGAUAAAUUUAAUCACAACCGGCUGCGAGCUGUUCGGUCUGGCACGAAACAAGUUUUGAGGAAUGGAAACGACAGAAAUGGCCUCAUUUAAAUGUGCAUUCUGUUUGUACAGUGAAUAGUGAGUCAGUAAGACCCCAGUUAUUGUAAAACUUCAACUGUGACAAUGUUGAGAACGCAAAAUAAACAAAUAUAUGACUUAUGGUA